CCAAUUGGAGGGACGGGAGGCAGUCGUUUCACAUCUUUAAAAAGUGGUAACCCAAACUCGAAGGGGCAUUUUCCCAGGAUGGCCCCUCCCCCUUCCACGCCUUUCGUCCUCCACUGAGAUGCAGUGGGGAAUUUGCGAAGCUCCUCUAGACCCUUCUGCCAGAGCUGGCUGAGGGAAGGAGCCCAGCCUGGUCCUCACCCCCUCCCCCUCCCCCACGAACCAAGCCGCUGUGAUGUCCUUGCUGUCGCCGCCGCCCCAUUGCGCCUCGCACCAGCCCUGGGGGCACCAGCGGUGCUCAGCUGCCCAGUCUCACCCAGGCUUUGGGCUUCCUGGAGGGUCAUGCAACCCAGAGCUAUGACUAAGGCGCUCACUUGGUAACUCUGCCAUAUUCCUGAUCUUCCUCUCCCUCCCUUCCCCUCCCCCUUUAGCCACCCCCGUGUUCCCCUCCACCACCCUUGAGUCCUCCCCCGCCCCCAGACGCCCACCCUCAGGUUCCUUUUCUUGCAAGAUCGCAGAGGUGGCGCGCAGCCUGCCGAGCCCAUGACGGACCCCUGCCUCCUGUCUUCAAUGCCUCAGCAGAAGACCCCCAAAGGCUGGAGAGAGGAGGGCUGCGGCUGGACAUCCUCUCGGCGACGCUGCUCGGACCUGGUGCUCCUGGUUGAUGAGACUGGCGACUGAGCAAGCCCCUGCCGCCGCCUUCGCUGUCGCCCUCCCAGUUGCUGCCGUCGGUCGGGACCGGUCCCCGCCUUGCGCCUUCUGCCACCCGGUCCAGAUCGGGUCCCGGCUUUGGGCGCCCCGGGGCUCGCCCCGCGCCUGCCGCCGCCCGCGCGCCGACUGCCCGCCGCGUCCUCCUGACAGCUGCGGCGGCGGCGAUGAUGCAGAGGAGGAGGGUGCUGCCGGCGGCAGUGCUGAUGGUGGCGGUCGGCGCCCGGGUGUGAUGAGAGCGUCAUGGUGGAGAUGCUGGCUUCGAGGCGGUGAGAGAGCAAAGGAGGGCGAGAGCCAGCCAAGGGCGGAAGAUAGAACAGUUCCGAUCGCGAUCGCUUUCUUUCCUCUCUCGCUUUCCCCCCACCGUAUUUUGCCCGUGGUUUGCAUAUUUAAAAUCUCUGGACUCCAUCCUCUGCCUACCCACGAAGUCUCCCCGUCUCUAAAUGGAAUUAGUGGAGAUCGGAGCCUCUGGUGUAACGCACAGACAUGAUCUAUGGACGCAGUUUGUUUCACAUUAUAGCAAGUUUAAUCAUCCUCCAUUCCUCUGGAGCAACCAAGAAAGGAACAGAAAAACAAAUCACCUCAGAAACACAGAAGUCAGUGCAGUGUGGAACUUGGACAAAGCAUGCAGAGGGUGGUGUCUUUACCUCUCCCAAUUACCCCAGCAAGUACCCCCCUGACCGAGAGUGUGUCUACAUCAUAGAAGCUGCCCCAAGGCAGUGCAUUGAACUCUACUUUGAUGAAAAAUACUCAAUUGAACCAUCUUGGGAGUGCAAAUUUGAUCAUAUUGAAGUUCGAGAUGGACCUUUUGGCUUUUCUCCAAUAAUUGGAAGGUUUUGUGGACAACAGAAUCCACCUGUAAUAAAAUCUAGUGGAAGAUUUCUGUGGAUUAAAUUUUUUGCUGAUGGCGAGCUGGAGUCGAUGGGAUUUUCAGCACGAUAUAAUUUCACACCUGAUCCUGACUUUAAGGACCUUGGAGUUUUGAAACCAUUGCCAGCCUGUGAGUUUGAGAUGGGUGGUCCUGAAGGAAUUGUGGAGUCCAUACAGAUUCUGAAGGAAGGCAAAGCUUCAGCCAGUGAAGCCGUGGAUUGCAAGUGGUACAUCCGAGCCCCGCCACGAUCUAAGAUUUACUUACGUUUUUUGGACUAUGAGAUGCAGAAUUCAAAUGAAUGCAAGAGGAACUUCGUGGCGGUGUAUGAUGGGAGCAGCUCGGUGGAGGACUUGAAGGCCAAGUUCUGCAGCACGGUGGCUAAUGACGUGAUGCUGCGCACAGGCCUGGGGGUGAUCCGCAUGUGGGCAGAUGAGGGCAGUCGCAACAGCAGGUUUCAGAUGCUCUUCACAUCCUUUCAAGAACCUCCCUGUGAAGGCAACACGUUCUUCUGCCACAGCAACAUGUGCAUUAACAACACUCUUGUCUGCAAUGGGCUCCAGAACUGUGUGUAUCCCUGGGAUGAAAAUCACUGUAAAGAAAAGAGGAAAACCAGCCUGCUGGAUCAGCUGACCAACACCAGUGGGACGGUCAUUGGCGUGACUUCCUGCAUUGUGAUCAUCCUUAUUAUCAUUUCUGUCAUUGUACAGAUCAAACAGCCUCGUAAAAAAUACGUCCAAAGGAAGUCAGACUUUGACCAGACCGUUUUCCAGGAGGUGUUUGAGCCUCCUCACUAUGAGUUAUGCACACUCAGAGGAACCGGAGCAACGGCUGACUUUCCAGAUGACUUUGAGAGUUACCAUAAACUGCGGAGAUCAUCUUCCAAAUGCAUUCAUGACCAUCACUGUGGAUCCCAAUUGUCCAGCGCAAAAGGCAGCCGCAGUAACCUCAGCACAAGGGACGCUUCCAUCUUGGCAGAGAUACCCACCCAGCCUGUCAAGCCCCUCAUCCCACCCGUGAACAGAAGGAACAUCCUGGUCAUGAAACACAACUACUCCCAAGAUGCUGCAGAUGCCUGUGACAUCGAUGAGAUUGAGGAGGUGCCCACCACAAGCCACAGGCUAUCACGACAUGAGAAAUCCGUCCAGCGGUUCUGCCUCAUUGGGUCUCUAAGCAAACAUGAAUCUGAAUACAACACAACUAGGGUCUAAAACGAAAACUCAAGCUAAUUUCCUCAAAACUCUUCAAGCCUAUCAAGUGUUCUUGAAUUAGGAGAUCGCAUCCCGUGCUCUGUGUGACCUUGAUAAGCUGCUGUGUUAGUUGUAUCUUUUUCAUUGGGAAAAAAAUGUUUUAACUGUGCUUUAUUUUCAGAGAACUAUUUGUACAAACAUGGGGACUGUGGAAAGAGAAUUCUGUAGUGAAUUGUGAAAAGUGGACAUAUUUCUAAAUUCAUUCCACUGCCUUUAUCCAAACUUAAGAGUUACAGACAUGUGUUAUUCCUUCGGCAAGACAUCCCUGCUGCUGCACAAUGAUGUGUCCAUUUCCUAAUUUGGUUGCUGAUCACCAAGUGCUCCUUAGGUUUUAAAUACAUUCUGAGAUUAUGGAAACUUGAAGAAGAAGUUAGUUCCUGAUUAAGACGACCCCAGCUUUUCUUUUACUGUCACUUCACUUACAUUUAUAUGUUGUUCAUGUCUUUGUUACAUGAUUGUACCUGUGUGAUCUGUGAAAGAACAAAAACAAAAACCACGACUUUGGGUGAACUUUGUGUUACAUGUACAUUGUUUUCAUUAUAUAGACUGCUUGAGAAUAGUGCGUUCCUGCGUGAUUUUGAACAUGCUGCAAUGAAAAAAUGGAAAAAUGGAUCAUGGAAACACCAGCUAGAGGUUCAAUGGACUGUACACACCUGUUGUUUCAUUAUAAUUAAGUGCAGUAAAAAAAUAAUGAGUAAAAUCUAGAUUGCAAUAAGACAAAUAUCUCCCCCCUUCUCCCUCUGUCUUUCUCUCUUUGUCUCCCCUUAUCAUUUCUAUGUACCCCUGUUUUUCUUUUCGUUUUUUAUCAAGGGAAGAUACCGAGUUUCAUAAAUGCCUUCUUGAAAUCAGGUAUUUUACCAUUCACACCCUACAACAGAAUUUUGUUUGAUUAAGCACUUAGUAAUAUGACUGAAUUGACAGUUUGAGAAAAUACCCUGCAUGUCAGUACUGGAUAUUUAGGUUGGAAAAAUGUCCUCUUUAUUAGACACAUUGUAAAAAGCAUGCAUUCUCAAAUAUUGCUGUUACUCUUCCAUUUCUUUGUGUCAUAUGCUUGCUACUUGUAACUUUUAUAUAAAUAUAUAUAUAUAAAAUGUAUAAUAAUUUCCUAAUUUGA